UAAGGAAAUUAAUCAGCGUACGUCAUAGUCCACAGUGUGCGCUGCAAGGGCUCGUGGAAGAAAUUGCAAUCCGGUGAACAGCGACACUCUUUCUCUGCGUUCGCAUACAGACCUGGAACCGUCCAGUCAUGAUUUCUUCGAUGACCCGGUAAAUUGGCACGACCUGAACCGAUCGCGAGGAGUAGUGCUUACAUGGCAUAAUGUGGUUUUUGUUAUGUUUUACGUUUUCGCAGUGCCGACAGCAGCAAACGGAGGGCUCGUGUGUACAAGCACAAGAAGGUUUUGCUGGAUGUGAGCAACCUUCCGCAAUCGAUCGGUUCUCGUAGUCGCGGUUGAUCAUGAAGGUGUGACGGUAGUGAAAAGUGAUUGAUUCUUCAGAACAGUGCUAGUGUUUUCGGAAGUAAAAAUGAAGCAAUUACGAUCAACGGCGGUGGUAAUCCAGAGAGUCUUAAUUACACUUUUGGUGUUUUGGGUUGCCAUGAAGAUGAUCCACUUUACGUCGAUUAUACCGAAAGCGAUCCUUGACUCGUGUGAUAGACCUUGCAAUCGGGCAGACUGGCCCCGGAUCUGCCGCUACAAACUGGUGGUGGAGAAACGCACCGUUUACAAAUCCUCAGUGGAUCAUAAAAGUAUAAUUAGCGACGAUAAACUGGCUGGCGCUGUCGGAGCUGGGCAGUUCACUAGUGGCAGAACCGGGGCUGAUGACUACUACCUUGUCAACGGGAAGCACACCGGGCCAGCUUUGAGUGUGUGUGAGAACGAUUUCAUUGUGAUUGACGUCGAGAAUCGCAUCCCAGGCCAAAGUAUUUCGAUCCACUGGACUGGCCAAACACAACGCCAUACGCCCUUCAUGGAUGGGGUGCCUAUGAUUACCCAAUGUCCUAUUGCUAGUUAUACCACGUUCCAAUAUAAAUUUCAAGCUGAUCGUGCCGGAACUCAUCUGUACCAUGGUUUCUCCAGUGAGGAGCGGAGAAUGGGUUUGGUUGGAGCGCUGCUCGUUCGUACAGACUUUGAGCGAAGAAAGUACUCUUUGACGAAAGACGUCCAAGAAGAUAAGGUCUGGAUAAUAUCCGAAGGCAGUGGCUCCUUGCUGAUAAACGGAAGAAACCGGCUGGUUCAACAGGUUCAGUCUGGUGGCGUGAAGUAUCGAUUUCGUGUCGCCUACAUUGCCCCCUUCGGUGACACGAAAUGCGAACGAUGGCUAGAGAUAGAGGACCAUCACCUUACGGUGGUUGCAAUCGAUGGGAACCUGAUCGAGCCGCUGGUAGUGCAACGGAUUGCACUCUCAGAUGGGGAUCGAAUUGAUUUUGUUCUGCGAACUGCCGGUGUAGCGAGGGAUUACCAGAUUCGUUUGGCUAGUGGUGGUAACAAUGACACUAAGAACGGAACCUGCGUCAGUAGUUUUCCACACGACAAAUAUUCGUUGUUCGAUAAAUUCAAGCUUAGAACGCUUGGGAAUGGCGGGAGUAAAGGACCACAGGAGGCGGCAUCGAAUGGGGUGCACCCGGAAUGGCAACAGCAGCAGCACCAGCAGCAGUAUCCGUUGGGGUUUAAUGCUGGCCGAUCCAUCUGCGAGAAAAACCCUGUCUCGGUGGAAUCUCAGCCCCGUUAUGACCAGCAGCUCUGCCUGCUCGGGGCUAGAGCCAAAAGUAACGGAAAUGACAUGACCGGAAAGGACAAGUUUCCGACGCCGCUGCGUAAUGUCGACCAGCAGAUUAAACUGGUUCUUUCAAAGCAGAAAGUUGAAAAAAAGAUCUUCGGUGAACAUUUUCACGAUAUCUUAUACUCCGUCAACGGGUUCAGUUUCAUCUUUCCUACGAUGUUGAUGCUGUCAAACAUUCGGGAUGGCGAGUUAGUACCACACCUCUGUGGUAACAGCAGCCGCAUAAAAAGCACGAACGGUCCUCACCGACAGGUGCCAAGCAAAUGCCAUCGGCCAGCAACACUUGACAAGUCAUGCGAAUGUGUUCACGUCGAGACUAUCGAAGCGGGUCAUCGAGUCGAAUUGGUGCUAAUUAACGAAGAUCCUGAUUCAGAUCAUUCCUAUCAUCUUCAUGGCAACCGAUUCUAUCUGUUGGCAGCAGCCCGCUGUUCUGACAAGGAUUGCUCAAAACAGCUGGAAACAGUGCGGCGGAAUUUCGACCGUCCGAUACAGCGGGACACGAUCCGCAUCGAGAAAAGGUCACUGGCGGUGCUGCGAUUCGUCGCCUCCCAUGCCGGGCUGUGGAUGCUGCGAGAUCUGGGCGCACGGUCCGGGUGGUCCCGGGGACUGGACGUGCUGCUGAGUGUGACAGAUGCGCAGCAAGCCGGUGUAGAUUUUCCUUCGGAUUUUCCUACCUGUCGGAACUUUAUCGGGCCAAAGUAUUUUCUUAUUUAAUGUGCUGAGUGAGGGAAUCGCGAUGAAACAGCAGCCCGUGGAUCGGUCUGCUAUUCCGAGAAACUAUCUUUGUUAGUAUGAAUAAGUUCAGGUGUGCAGAUUGUUAUAGAAGAUAAAUUUGCAUUUCGCUCUUGCAUGCGAUGCUGUUAUUGCGGCUAAUUAGUUCAGUCUCGGUUCAGACUGAGACGGGAAAUCACUCAUGCGGAAAGAAAUCCAAUAGAAUGAAAUAGUUGAUUAUAUUUCAGUGUGCUAUUUGAGAAUUUGAAGAAUAAGUCUAGCUAAAUUUGGCUGGCAACGUUCAAUUAAUGCUCGAUUUGAAUAAACGUUAUAAUCGUAUUUGAUAUCGUUGUUGAGUUAUUUCCGAUAUUGAGGAAACAAUGUACCGGAACUUUAGUAAAAAAUAAACUGUAGAGAGA